AGUUAGCUUUUUAGAGUGUGUGUGUGUGUGUGUGUGUGUGUGAUAUAGUGCAGUCAUGGAACUGGAGCAUUUAAGCGGUGGUGGGGUUAAACCCAAGAGGGGCAACAGUGUUCUCUACAGGAUAGCACUGGCCAUGUGUGUGUGUCUCUGUGCCGUUCUGCUGCUUGCACUCAUACUGGUCUCUCAAAAGUCUAGUCAGGAGGAAUUCUGUCUGAGCCCAGAAUGCAUUGAAGCAGCGGGGUCUAUUCUGAGUAAAAUGGAUCGGUCCGUGAAUCCCUGCGAGGACUUUUAUACUUUCUCCUGUGGCGGUUGGCUGAAGGACAAUCCGAUCCCUGAAGAUUCCUCCUCGUAUGGUAUCUACCCCUGGCUGCGGCAGCAUGUAGACAUCCGACUCAAAGAGUUACUAGAAGCUCCUUUGGAGCCUGAAGAACUGGAGGCUGUGACCAAGGCGAAGAUCCUCUACCGCUCCUGUAUGAAUGAGACUAUACUGGAACAGAUGGACUCCAAACCAAUGCUGAAAACACUUAAACGGCCUGAGUUUCGGUGGCCCGUUGUGGGGGAUGGGCUCGGCGGGGAUUAUCAGUGGUCGGCUGGGCAGUGGAGUCUCCUGACAACUCUGGCAGAGAUGAGGAACCAGCACAGCAAGAGUGUCUUGAUCCGCCUGUACGUGUCCCCUGAUGACAAAAACUCCUCGCACUACAUCAUCAAGCUCGAUCAGGCGUCCUUGUCUCUACCCUCCAGGGAGGACUACAUCACCAACACUUCCUCUGCUCAGGCGUAUCGUGCAGCCUUGUUGAGUUUGAUGGUUGAUAUCGCCGUCAUGCUGGGCGCUCCAGAGAAAGCAGCACUGACCCAGAUGGAAAAAGCCCUCGCCUUCGAGACCAAACUGGCUCAUAUCCUGAUUCCCUAUGAAAACCGCACCAGUGAGAACAUGUACAACAGAUUCUCACUCUCUCGUCUGCAGCGCCUCAUACCACAGUUUGAUUGGCUGAGUUUUGUAAAAGCUGUGGUGGAGUCCAAAGCCGACCCGGCCCGCUCUAUCUCCUCCUCUGAGCCCAUCAUCGUCCGAGCUCCGCAGUACUUCAAGGAACUUUUCAAACUCAUUUCCAACACAGAUCCCAGGACUGUAGCUAACUACGUACAGUGGAGGACAGUUUUCUCCAGGAUCACCACUCUGAGCCGUCGUUUCCUUUACAGAUACCUGGACUAUGCUCGGGUAACCACAGGAACCACCUCUCUGACCCCGCGCUGGGAUAAGUGUGUAAACUACGUCGAGAACUCGCUUAUUUAUGCCACCGGGCGCCUCUUUGUCAACACGCACUUCCAGGAGGACAAGAAGCACAUGAUGGAGGAGCUGAUCGGGGGCGUUCGCUGGGCGUUUAUUGACAUGCUGGAGAAGGAGAAUGACUGGAUGGAUCAACCAACGAAGAAGAGAGCCAUAGAGAAGGCUCAUGCAGUCCUGGCGAAGGUUGGCUACCCCGAGUUUAUUCUGAACGACACCUACCUCAAUGAAGAUUUAAAGCAGCUAGAGUUCAAUGAGAAGGACUACUACGGGAACGUGAUGCAGACGCUGAAGUUCAUCGGCCAGUCUGAUAUCGCCUGGCUCCGAAAGAGCGUCCCACGUACAGAGUGGUUUACUAACCCAACAACUGUGAACGCCUUCUACAGUUCCUCCACGAAUCAAAUCAGAUUCCCUGCUGGAGAGCUUCAAAAACCGUUCUUUUGGGGAAGAGAGUAUCCAAGAUCUUUAAGCUACGGUGCCAUCGGGGUGAUAGUAGGACACGAGUUAACACACGGCUUUGACAAUAACGGCCGCAAGUAUGACAGUAAUGGCAACCUCGACCAGUGGUGGAGCAACUCGUCUGUGACAGCCUUCAAUGAGAAGACCCAGUGUAUGAUCGACCAGUAUAACGGCUACCACUGGGAGGAGGCAGGCCUAAAUGUGCGGGGCAAGAGGACUCUGGCAGAAAACAUUGCAGACAAUGGAGGAAUAAGAGAGGCUUUCAGGGCGUACAGGCGGUGGGUAGAUGAGAACCGAGCUGGUGUUGAGGAGCCUCAGCUGCCUGGAGUGGGACUGAACAACAACCAACUUUUCUUCCUGAGCUAUGCACAUGUGAGAUGUAACUCGUAUAGACCAGAAGCAGCCAGGGACCAGAUCCAGAGUGGAGCUCACAGUCCACCAAAAUACAGAGUUAUCGGAGCAAUGAGCAACUAUGAAGAGUUUCGGAAAGCGUUCAACUGUCCUGAGUCGUCGGUUAUGAACCGAGGUGCACAAUCCUGUCGGGUGUGGUGACCUUUGACCUCAGCUUUACCCUGAAGCAGACCAGGGCUGUCAGCAGGACAUCUGUUGAAAAGGCUGAUAAUGCUGGACUUAGCCAACAUAGUUGUGAUGUGGUAACGAUGAAGCAAAAAUAAAGCGCAGUUGUUCUCACAGAAAAAAAACACAGCCUAACAGGUCAGGGUUAGAGCCGUUUUGAUGGGGUUUUUUAGAUUGUUGCUUCAACAAGUUUUAUUGUUCCAGUUUUUCCAUAGGUACAUUUACUGCGCAUAUGUUUCAAUUACUGCAUAAAUUCCAACUGAAGCAGUUUGCAAGGACCAUAAUUUAUGGGUUUUAGAAAUGUUGGAAAAAAUUUCUGCAACGGCCUUAUAUGUAGAUUUACGUGUGACUUGAUAAAGGUAGAACCAUUCUUAUGGGAAUAAAAAAACAUAUAUAGAUAUAUUGAAGUAAAGGAAUAAUGACUAGAUUUUUUUAUAUAGGAACCUAUAUUUAAAAUUUUAUGCUAACUGUUAGGUCAGUUUCUGUGUAUAUUAACUAGUAGCCCAAACACCCAAAACCAAAGUUAAUUCAUUUAUGUUUGAGCAUAAAUACGAGUGAAAAAUGCACACAAGAAUACACACAAAAAAAAUUCAAAUUAGACAUUUACAGUUCAAUUGUAUCUCAUAGUCUUGAAACCUAGUUUAUCCUCUUUUUUUGUGGAAACAAUCGUGAAAUUCGUACCAUAAUUUUAAACUUACAGAGCAGCACAACAAGCUGAAUGAUAUCAACCUGCUGGCGUAUUUUUAAGAAUUAAUAUCCUCCUUUGAAAAGUCCUGUCUUGGUUUCUGUCUCACUUUGUUUCAGUCUCAGACAUUUAUUUGCAUUCUCCAGUUGAGCCUGAGGCAAAUGAAUUACAAGCACUCAAACUACAAGAUGCACUCUCUCCAUGUGUCUUUCUGUCUCCUUUAUUGAGCUGCACUGCUGAGGUGCACUCACAUAUCAGCUGGUUGGUAGUAUUUUGGUGCUGUGGAAUAAAGGGAGUAUUUUACGUGACAGAAUUUUUUUUCUUCAGAUUUUCAGUUAGUCACAAAAUGUGAGGUUAUAUGAUAUCGUAUUGUUUAUGAGGAGUAAUCAUUAAAAGAUAACUGUUAUUCUUAAAUGUUCAGGUUUUGUCUAAGUGAUUGUAAUGGUUGUGAUAAAAAAAAACAGAAUUUUCUUUUUUUCAUAUUUAUCUAGUUAUCUUCUUAUUUUGCUUUUUGAAACACUCUUAUAUGUAGUUUAGACACAAACUGAUUCCUCUUGUGCCUCAAUUGAUCUUCAUUAGUUUGAACUUACUCUAGUAACUGUUUACUGAGUGAAGAUAGACACUUAAUUAAUAUAAAAAGGUUGUACAAAACAAACCAGCUGUUACAACUAAUGUUUACAUAAGAACUAGCUAACUGCCAGGUGUAACUGUUAUGUAGCUAACUUAACUAGCUAGACUAACUGCCAAAGCUAGCGUUAGCUUUGUUAGCUACUAUUCAAACCAGCUGUUAGUUAAUAUUUACAACUGAUGUUGACAUAAGAACUCACUAAGAACUACCUGCCAGGCGUAACUGUUACGUAGCUAACUUAACGAGCUAGAUUAAUGGACAAAGCUAAUGCUAGCUUGCUGAUAUGUGAUCCAUCCGUAAGCAAAGAGUAAAAGAGGUAAUGGGGUAAUGCUGACAACUCUGACACUUGAUAAAAUGCAGUUUAAUAAUGUUGUUAAACUGGUAAGAUUGUAAAUGAAAUUUCACAUAAAUAUACAGCUCAAGUUACGAGGCAUUACACGAACAAUGCUUCCUGUUGACAUGGCUGAAGCUGCUUUUGAUUGGACAGUGCUACAGGUGUUCCCUUGCACCUGUUUUACACCAUAACUGAAGUUUUUACUUGCUAAGAUAUGGCAGAAGUUUUGUUGGAACAACCUGAUUUAGUAAGUCAGCAGUUUUAAAACUACGUGGUUGUUACCAAGAACUAAGGAAUUCUUACGCAAAAAACAAGUAAUGGACCUGCAAUUAGCUGGCACAGCAAAACUCUGAUUUGUUAAUGAGGGCAGCACUCCUCCUAUCUACUGUAUAUACUAUGGUAAUGACUUUAUGUGAAAACUGGAUCUCUAGUCUACCAAACCUAUUGAUCUUUUUAAAAUUAUUAUUAUUAAGAUAUAUUUUCAAUAGAAUUAAGAGGAAAGUUCUGAAAUAAUAUCCAACAUAGAAACUUAAUAUCAAAUCAAGCAUUUUUUUAACAUCACCAGUGGAUAAUUAUUGAGGUUCCUUAAUGUGUUUCAUGUAUUUUUGCUAUUAAUAGUCAGGCUGCAUCUAACUGUUAUCUUCAUUAUCGACUAAUCUGCCUAUUGUUUGUACAGUUUUCUCGAAAUAAAUGUACAAAAAAUUGCCAUCAUAAUUUACCAGAGCCAAAUAUGAAGUCAUCAGAUGUCUGUUUUUGUUCGACCAACUAUUUAAAACCCAAAAUGUCCACUUUCAGUUCACAAAGAUAACAAACCAUCUAACAAAUGAAAUUCAGACAUUUUGAGAAACUGAAAAUUGUUAAAUCACUACAACAGUAAAUGAUCAUCAAGAUUGCAUUCAUGAGUAAUUUUUGUCAAGUUUGUUAUUUGUUUCAGUCUUACAAAAUAGCAUCACUCUAAUCACCCAGUGAAGUUUAUUCUGAAAUGCUGAAGAAUCCACAUCAGAAAGUAUUAAAUCUAAACCACUGUAUGUUACGAACGUUUAGUCUAUUUACAUGUUAUUAUCAGCAAGUGUUUGUCUGUAACUUAAUGGGAUGAAUUACUGCUUUUCCAUCGUUAUAUUGAAUAUUUGUAUCUGUGAUUAUGGUUCACUGUGUUGCUGUUUUUGGUUGUGCUUCUUUCUGUCAGGUUUUAAUAAAACUCUGAG